AUGAAAUAAUUACUUAGAUUACCAUCAAAUACUCCUGACACAUAUUUAGGCCUCAUCUUGAAAAAUUACUAAAUCAAAAUUAGAUAUUUUCUCAUUGCUACUCUAUAAAAAAUACAAGAGAGAGGAUUUGACAUGCAAGAUCAAACUUAAACUGAAUUACAAGAUCAUAUUAAACAACAAAAGAAACUUUCAACUUCUAUUUAAAUUUAUCUGGACUUAAUGUCCAAGUCAUAAAGUUAGGCGGACCUUUAAUCAUCUCCUCAAGGAUCAUCUUCUUCUCCCCAUCGAUCCAUCUAUGAUCAGAUACCACAAUUGUUAAUUGUUGUCGAAACUGCAGAAUAUUGA